UCAAUGUAGGCCGUAGGCUGGUCUCGCCUGUUUACACCGCUAGUCGUGACUACUAACUAGACGGCUGCUUGGGGAAGAUCCUAUGCUUCGUUUGUGUUUGGAUUUAUAAAAUUUGAGAACAAAACCAAACAAGCAGUGGUUGUUUUCCAUUUCAUUACAAUUUGAGGUUCAAAAGUUGCACCAAAGCUGUUACAAGCACACUUUAAUAGAGUGUUUGUGUCUUGAGCAUGGCGACGCAACUGACCGGUGUCGACCUCAUAGCUAGCUUGCAAGCCAGGGUCAAGGAAUUAGAAGCUGAUAAUGAAAAGCUAUUAGCUCAACUUGCUGAUUGCCAGUGUCACGAGAUGGAGAAGAAACUACAUGGCCCUGAUGAGAAAGACACAAAAUCAAAAGAAGGCAACAAGAAAUCAGAAGAGAAGAUAGAGAAAAUGCCAGGCUAUGACACGAGGUUCAUGAGUCAUCAUAGCAAGAGAUAUGUAGCUUUAAAAGUCAUGUACUUUGGAAAAAGGUUCUACGGUUUUGCUUCAGAAGCACAAAUGGAACCAACAGUUGAGUCUGAAAUUUUUAAAGCUCUUGAGAAAACAAGGCUAUUAGUUGGUGAUAAGAAGGGGUCACAGUAUUCGAGAUGUGGGAGAACAGACAAAGGGGUUUCCUCUGUUGGACAGGUGAUAGCUCUUUUCCUGAGAUCAAACCUCAAGAUAUCUAGAGCAAAUAAUGGAAGUUCUGGAAAAAUUGUUUUAGAAGAGCAACACGAAGGGGAAAUUGAUUAUGUGAGGGUGCUAAAUCGAGUCCUCCCAGAUGACAUUCGAAUUUUGGGCUGGUGUUCUGUUCCUCUCGAUUUCCAUGCAAGGUUCAGCUGUUUAAGCAGGGAAUAUAAAUAUUUCUUUUGGAAAGAAAAUUUGAAUAUCCUGGCCAUGGAGAGUGCCGGAAAGAAAUUUGUAGGAGAACAUGACUUUAGAAACUUCUGUAAAAUGGAUGCAGCAAAUGUGCACAACUACAGGCGGCACAUCACAUUGUUUGAGAUUUCUCCUACAGAUGUGAGGUUUGAUGGUAACCAACUUUGGGUGAUUAAAAUCAGAGGCAGUGCUUUUCUUUGGCAUCAGAUUCGCUGCAUGGUUUCUGUUCUAUUCAUGGUUGGCAAAGAUCUUGAAUCUCCAAAUGUGAUUGAUAUGCUACUGGAUACUAAUAGGAUCCCAAGGAAACCCCAGUACACUAUGGCUUCAGAGGUUCCAUUGGUUCUUCAGUCCUGUGAAUUUGAAGAUAUUAAGUUUAUGUGUUCAUCAGAUUCAAGAGAAGCGCUGCGUGCACACUUGGCGAAUGAAUGCCAAACUUACCAGCUUCAAGCUGCAAUCUUUCAUGAAGCUCUUCUUAAUUGUGUGCCUCUAUCACAUGAUCAAAGUUUGGUGCCUAUUCGAGGAUCCAAGAAGAAAGCUUCCCAUAUCCUUCUUAUCUCACGACCAACUGAGCCAUCAUAUGAAGAACGCCGUGCCAAACUCAACUCAAGUACAUGAAGAUUUCACUGGCCAUCUCUAUUAUAGAGAGACCUUCUGCAUAGGUUGUAUUAUUAAGUGAUCACUUUUUUCUUAAUUGAAUUCAGGGUUUGGUUUUUUCAUGUAGUGUUCUUGUUUCUGAGGUAUUCGUGCACCCUCCCUGAUGGUAAUAUUAGAAAGAAAGAAAAA